CGGGGCUGUCCGAGGCGAAGGCAGAGCGGGAGCGGCGGAGGGAGCGAGGCGGCGGUAGCGGUAGCUGCCGCGGGCCGGCCAUGGUGGGCCUCAAGGAGGAGCUGCUGAAGUCCAUCUGGCACGCCUUCACCGCCCUCGACCUCGAUCGCAGCGGGAAGGUCUCCAAGUCCCAGCUCAAGGUCCUUUCUCACAAUUUGUGCACAGUGUUAAAUGUUCCCCAUGAUCCAGUGGCCUUGGAAGAGCACUUUAGGGAUGAUGAUGAAGGACCAGUUUCCAAUCAGGGUUACAUGCCUUAUCUAAACAAAUUCAUCUUGGAAAAGGUUCAAGGAAACUUUGACAAAGUUGAAUUCAACAGGAUGUGCUGGACUCUCUGUGCUAAAAAGAACCUCUCUAAAAGUCCUUUGCUGAUUAGUGAUGAAGAUGCAUUUAAAGUGUGGGUUAUUUUUAACUUCUUAUCGGAGGACAAAUACCCUUUAAUCAUAGUACCUGAGGAGAUUGAAUAUUUACUUAAAAAACUCACUGAAGCAAUGGGAGCAGGCUGGCAGCAGGAGCAGUUUGACCAUUACAAGAUUGCUCUCAACACCAGUCGAGAAGGUCUUUCUGCGUGGGAGCUGAUUGAUCUCAUUGGCAGCGGGCAGUUUAGUAAAGGAAUGGACCGACAGACGGUGUCCAUGGCAAUCAAUGAAGUCUUUAAUGAGCUCAUAUUAGAUGUACUCAAACAGGGCUAUAUGCUGAAAAAAGGACACAAAAGGAAAAAUUGGAUGGAACGAUGGUUUGUGCUAAAACCCAAUAUUAUUUCCUACUAUGUAAGUGAAGAUUUGAAGGACAAGAAGGGAGACAUCAUUCUGGAUGGCAACUGUUGUGUAGAGGCCUUGCCUGACAAAGAUGGAAAGAAAUGCCUUUUUCUCAUAAAAUGUCUUGAUAAAAGCUUUGAGAUCAGUGCCUCUGAUAAAAAGAAGAAGCAGGAGUGGAUUCAAGCCAUACAGACCACUGUAAACCUUCUGAGAGCGGGGAGCCCUCCACCCCACAAAGAAGCACGCCAGAAACGAAAAUUGUUGCGCCAGAAGCUGUUAGCUGAGCACGAAGAGUUGGAGCGGCAGAUGAAAGAGUUGCAAAUGGCCAAUGAGAACAAGCAGAAGGAACUGGAGACUGUGCGAAAGCAACUGGAAGCAGCAGCUGCUCGUGCUGCUGAGGAAGAGAAGAAAAGACUUCAGACUCAAGUUGAAUUACAAGAUCGCUUCAGUUUGGAGCUGGAGAGAGAAAAGAUGGUAAGACAAAAAAUGGAAGAGCAGGUUGCUCAGAAAUCAUCUGAACUGGAACAGUAUUUACAGAGAGUACGUGAACUGGAAGAAAUGUAUAAACAGCUACAGGGAGCUUUGGAGGAUGAGAAACAGGCACGUCAGGAUGAAGAGACUGUAAGAAAACUUCAAGCCAGGUUAUUGGAAGAGGAGUCAGCAAAGAGAGCUGAACUGGAAAAAUGGCACUUACAGCAGCAACAGACCAUUCAGAUGACAGAAGCAGAGAAACAAGAGCUAGAAAACCAGAGAAUGAUAAAGGAACAGGCUCUUCAAGUUGCUAUGCAGCAGCUGAAACAACUUGAACUGGAAAGGAAGGAAGCCCUUGAGCAAUAUGAGGAGGUUAAGAAAAAGUUGGAAACAGCAGCUAAUAACACCAAGAGUUGGAAAGAUAAAGUAGCUCAUCAUGAGGGAUUAAUUCGACUAAUAGAGCCAGGCUCCAAGAAUCCUCACUUGAUCACAAACUGGGGCCCGGCCGCCUUCACUGAAGCUGAACUUGAGCAAAGACAAAAGAGCUGGAAAGGGAAGAAAGCCACUUCUGAGUAAUGACUUUAGCUGAUGGAUUAUCCAUGAAUAGAAGCCCGCCUUCCUCCAUUGUGCUUUGCACAGAGCAGCUUCUCGCUUACAAAGAUCUUAGCUUGCUCAGCAGGUUGGGCCUUUCCACAAAGGAAAUACUGUUUACCACAUAGGAGUGUCUACUCAGAGCUCAGUAAUUACACUGUGGUGUCUGACAGUAGUUGCUGUUUUCCCUCAUGUUUCCAGAAAUUCUGUUCUUUUAUACAAAACUUUCCAACUGAAGAUUUUUAUUUAAGUAAGUGUAGCUUGUGACAGAGUUGUUUCUCUACUAGCCUGUAACCAUCUGACA